AUGUCGAGUAUGGGUACAACGCAUGCUCUAACUUCGGAUCACAGCUUUCAAAUGCUGACUGCAGGUUCCUCGUCCGAAGAAUCUCUUCCCGAAGAGUGGCAACAAUUCGCUGAAUCUACCCGAGAGUAUCUGGUCGAUCUCGACCUCAGAUUCUCGUUCCACCGUCCACUACGAUCUACCCCAAAACAGAGGAGGAAAGUUCAAGUCUACAAGAAGUUUGCUGAACCAAUCAUCUCAGCUAAUAGUGAACGAAGUUUCGAGGGUGAUAUCGAAAAUGUUGAAAUUGGGGUUGAAAAGUAUCGUGAGGGGGAACGUCCAAUGGAUGAGACUAACAGAGUCCCGAACAGGUCAACAGAGCGAGAUCACAAUGAACAAUCGACCACUUUCAAGAGUUCAUCCACCAAUGAUCAACAGCAGACACCUGCUGGUAGAGGGCUUAUGUCCGACAGGCAAGGGGAGAACGCAUUCAACUCUCCAUUGACUAUCACUUCGAUUGCUGACAGCUCCAAGAAUUCGCGCCACAGAAUCUUCGGCCUACCCAGUAAAGCCAGGGGGCUUCGAUGA